AUGAGAGAGGUUAGAAAAUUGGACAAGCUCACAGGUGACGUUGCCCUUUUGCGAAGAGAAGUGGCAGAGCUGAGGGGCAAGUCACCUGCGUCUGCCAAAGCAUUCAACAUUAACACGGCUUCAUGCAAGAGGAGGUUCAACCUAUAUUUAAGAAGUAGGUUCUCAUGUCGCCCAUGGCUGGAAGUCAAAAGUGAUGACUUUAAGAAUGAAAUUCACACUUGCCUGGCCAUGGACGACAUGAGAACCAAUCCUGCAGCAUUCCAGGAAAUGGUCUCCCAUUCAAAACACAAAUUCACGGAGCUCAGGAAUCAAUUUAGGAGAAAGAUUCUGGCAGACAAACAAAGUAUUCCUUGUAAAGGCCUUGGAGAGCUGUGCUAUGACAUCUUUUACAGCUACUCCAAGGCCGAUGAAUGCACCCUGUCCCAGGACAGGAUGCAUGCAACAAUUCUGUUGGUAAGUUAUAACAAUCAGUAAGCAAAAUAUUUGAAAAAAAAAUUAUAUGAUAAGAAUUUUUUUUUUAUAUAAAAAUGUAGAACUUGCAGAAAAAAGGAUGGACCAUCCUUGAUCUUUGACAAUUUUCAUUGUCCAUAUUUGUAUUGUCUUUUUUAUAUAAUCCAUCUGCAGCUCUUAUGUCUAGAUCCACUGAUAUUACUUGGUUAAGUUUAUGCUCUAAUUACCAAUAUGCAAUGAUGGAUUUAAAGAAGUAUGUAAAAGC